GUGGGCAAGUGAUAGAAAGUGUAGUGAAUGUGUUUCUUGAAUUGUGAGGACCUUGCAAAGGCGGGGCAGUAACGUUACGUGUAGCGAAAUAUUUAACUCCCCGCGCCCUGAUCCACCGGGAAGCCUGGCCGAGGGCCUGGCCGCGGGGGGCGUUGGCCCCUAGAACCCCCUCCGGUAGACACAGUAGGACGAUACUGCUGCACAGGCUACAGAUCAUGCUGCCAUGGAGUUAUGGUUGUACCUGAAGCACAAGCCACAAGUUCAUCUAAUUACACAGUGAAAGCUUACGAAGAAAAAUGUUUAAGUGUGAGCUUCAGCUAAAUCGUAGUGCAAGCAUUGUUCGCUGGUUGCAGUCACCAAAGUCAAUAUUCACUUCACGAAGUCACUGUUUGCUGGGACAACACUUACAACUCCUAUGUCACUAGGACUGUUAGCAGAAAGCUGUUGAAAGUCGGAGAAAGUUUUCCGGGGUAUUCAUGCGUAUGUACGAAAAUGCCUCAUCAACCAGAAGAAAUUCCUGAGUGUUGUACUUGACACUGUUCUGCAUUGAGACUAAGGAAUUACUUAAAUUUCUAGAUGACUGCAUGAGAGACGAACUGAAAUCUGUGCUUGUAACUCAUAAACAUGAAGUGUCAUUCAUGUGAAGUUAAACAAUUUCAUAAUACAAGAACACUCAACAAGGAAACAGUGUUAGGUACUGAAGGCUGGGUUAGUCACUAGAUACCAGCAAGACAAUAGAUUGGAAUGGUGGCUUUGUGCUGCCCAGUGCUCAAAGGUUUUAAGUUAACAAUGUUAGAGGUAAAAGUUUACUUGCUGGUUUAUAGCCAGAAUCUUUUAAUGUGAACUAGAAUUUCAGUGGAAAUGAGUUGACUCGCUUGUAAGAGACUGAAAACUGAAUCAUCUAUCGUGUUCGUCUUAUUGCUUACUCAUAUCCUGGGAUUUUUCUCGUAUUCCUUUACCACUGAGCUUUUCCUUGCAUCGUAUCCUUUCUUGACUAUCUCUUGCAUUACUCUAUCUCUGUCUUUUGAUUAACCCCUUAACUGCUUUCUUCGGCUGGUCUUCGCUGUGUGGUCUAUGUUUCCACAAUCCCCCAUGCAUCUCAGAGUCACCUCUUGUUUGCCAUGCAGAAUCCCAUGCCAUUCAACCCUCGCCCCCAACAGGAGGCUCAUCACCACCAAAAGAAUCACAAGAAACUUUCCAAAAUCUCUGCUAAGGCUGGGGGAUAUUACCACGUCGAAAACGAAGAGUUAGAGUGCGGGAGUACACGCUAUCCAGCCACAGCAGCAGCAGCAGCAGCAGCAGCAGCAGCAGCAGCAGCUGGGAGACAGCAGAUCAUCGUCAGGAAUCAUCAAUACCAGGAAGUCAGGGGUGAACACCACCAUAUCUACCACCAGGAAUCAUUCCAGAACCCUGACCCAUACAAUUCUGACCUCUAUUGCCAGAAGAACGUGUUCCCCUGUGGCCGGAAGCUUUCAGUGGAACACAGUUAUAGCUACCUAGGUGGCAUAAUGUACCCGUCUGGAGAUGAGGGAGGAUUGGGAAGAUACCAGAGUGGUGCUUGUUGCAUGGUGAGGGACUCGAUGUGUCGACCAAGGUUCUGGAAGUUUCUGCUUCUGGUGGUCGUAUUACUAAUGAUGGCGCAGUUUUCCUUAAACAUUCUUUUCUACCGCAAUUAUGAUUCUUUAUUUUACGUCAAUGCUACAUCCGCAGAGGUACUUCCAUCUUUUGAAUCUAGGGUAAAGUGGGUGAGGUCUAAGCUACCAUGGGUCAGUGGUAUCACAGAGAAUCAAGUUAUAGUAGACCAGUCACAGUAUCUUCACAUUAGUUCUAACAAUAGACCUGUCACACUUGAAUUGGAAAUAUCAAAUAAUACGUCGAGUGUAGAUAAAAAUUUAAAGAAAUUUGUAGGUGAGGAAAUAAUUAAUACAGUAAACAGUGCUGUUCCCUCAAGUGAAACGAUUCAGGAUAAAGUGAGAGGAAAAAAUUCACAGCUUUCAUCUUUACCGUUGUCUAAGUUACUUUUAACAGACAGUAGGGAAGAGGAUUCCAAGGGUACCAUAGCAAAAUCUAAUAUGACUCUUAGAGCUGUGAGUGAUAAUCUAUUAAAGGCAUCAUCUGGGAUGCAUAACAACAGUGAUAAAAAGAAAAAUGCCAUCGAAUCCAAAAUACCUCAUCUUGAUGCUUAUACAAAAUCAUUUACAAAUGAAAGUGGCAGUGAGAAUGAUCAGGAGAAUAGAAAAGUACUCUUAAGUAAAGAAAAGCCACCUUGCCCUCCUGUCCCACCUAAACUAGUGGGUUCAGUUAAGAUCCACCGCACAUCACCAACUCUUGAGGAACAGGAGCGUAACCACCCAGAGCUGGAGCCUGGGGGUCGCUUCAGACCAGCAGAUUGCCGAGCUCGUCACCGGGUUGCCAUCAUCAUCCCAUACAGAGAUAGAAUUCAACACUUAGCUGUGUUUCUCUUCCAUAUGCAUCCUAUUCUUCAGCGCCAACAGAUUGACUAUGCUAUUUAUUUAGUAGAGCAAGCAGGUACUGGAAAAUUUAACCGAGCAAUGUUAAUGAAUGUUGGAGCCUUGGAGGCACUUAAACAGUACCAGUAUGACUGCUUCAUUUUUCAUGAUGUUGAUCUUAUACCGGAGGAUGACCGUAACCUCUAUACCUGUCCUGAGCAGCCUCGUCACAUGUCUAUUGCCAUUGAUAGCAUGAAAUACAGGUUACCAUACAAUGAUAUAUUUGGUGGAGUAAGUGCCAUGACUGUAGAGCAGUUUAGAAAAGUUAAUGGCUUCAGCAACAAAUUCUGGGGCUGGGGAGGAGAAGACGAUGAUAUGUCCAACAGAAUAAAAUAUCAUGGCUUUUUUAUAUCACGUUAUCCUGCAAAUAUUGGCCGUUACACCAUGUUAUCUCACAAGAAAGAUGUUCCUAAUCCAAGAAGAUACCAGUAUUUAUAUGAGGGGAAGAAGAGAUUUAAAACAGAUGGUCUUACUAGUGCCAAAUAUCGAGCGUUAGAUGUUCAACUACGGCGACUGUACACUUGGGUUUAUGUAGACUUGUACCCAUCGUGAUCAAGACUCUUUCUACAUGUAUGAAUACAGCCACAUGCAUGUAUAUAGAUAAGUUAAUGGAAGUGCAUUCUAAUCAUGCAUGUUUGAAAUAAAAAUUGUGUAUAUGGUACCUGGAGUAAGUGUUGAAAUUAAUAAAUUAUUUAAAUGUAUGAAUGUGAUAAACAUUUGCCAUCUAUUAGCAUCAUUGUAGUUCAUCUUUUUUUUUAAAUGCAGGUAAAGAGGAUAUUUAUAAAUCAACCUGAAAGUGCUUUAUAAGUGACUUGGUCACCAAUUUUAUAUUUUUACUAACAUGUAUGAUACACUAUAUCAAAACACAAAGUUGUAGAUUAUUUACAAUGGGCAGUUUUUGCUAAUUAAAAACAAAAUAGCCAUAAAACAUACAAAAUAAGUGCAAUAGCCAUAUAUUUUUAUUUAGCAAAUUUCAAAUAAAGUAUAUUUAGUCUUUUUAUCUAUUUGUAGAUUAGCCUAUAGUUUGUACAUUAAGAAAAUCUUUUGACUAGAGUCUUCUGAAUGUUUAUGCUCUUGUGAAGUUUAAAAAAAAAAAUUAAAUUAUCCUAAGAAUGUGUAAGACUUAUUGUUACAUAUUUUAAAUGCCAUAUAAAAAUUAGGGUUCCUUUUACCUUGAUUUUAAUAGUGUAGUCAUAAAUAUAUCUGUGAUAAUGUUUCAUUUAAAUGUUAAGGAAUUUUACAUCACCUUAAUGAAUUGUGCUUCCUAAUGUAUGCUAUAUAACUUGUAUAAAAUUUAUUUCAGUGAAUACAAAUUAUAUAGUGUUAUAAAGGUUUAAUCAACCCUGGUUUAAUAAAUUAUUUAGGAAACUAAGCCAUUGCUUAGUUAGGUUUGUCAUCAUAGUCUCAUUCUCGCUGAAGACUCUUGUGAGCUUUUACUUGGCACCUUAAUAAUACAGCUUCUCCUCACUUAACGAUGGGGUUCCAUUCCAAAGAGUAGGUCAGUAAGUGAAUUGGUCAUUAAGUGAGGAGCAUACUGUACUGGUAGUGGGCUCGUGUCAACCAUCUUUAGAUAUUUUUUUAAUGUCACCUUUGCACCAUUUAUAACAUUUUUAGUAUAUUUUUAAAUGUUUAUGCAGUAGUGUACUGUAUACUGUAAUAAACAGAAUAGAGGAAAUCUGCUCUAAUAUACAUUACUUAGGUUUGCAUACUGGUUGGAGAGCUGAUCAUAAAUGUGAGUGGUCGGUAAACGAGUACAUCGCUAAGUGAGAAGAGGCUGUAUACAUGUACAGUAAUUUACAUUCAUUGAAGGGAUGAUUUGAAAAAUUGUGAAUUUAGUUGGUUUUUUUAAGUACUGUACACAAGCUGGUAAUAAGGAAAUUGGAAGAGGGUCAUAAAAAGAAAAGAUUUAUAUAGGAUUAAAAUUGUUUUUAAGG